UCGCCAAGGGUGGUUGAUUCACCCUAGCGUCCGAUCAAAACAAACCUUUCACUACCGAAUGGCAUAAUAAGGUGUAAAGCCGGUUAUUUUUUUUUAUUUCUUUGUCAUUUUGUGCAAAAUGAGUCCUGGAUUGGGACAUGAUCCUUUACCUUCGUAUAACACAACAGGACAUUAUGGAAACGCCGCUAUGUGUCUGUGGCAACAGCCGCAGCACAUUCUCUUUCAAUUGGCAAAUUUUUGCUUCGCCUUGUCCUACUCCGCACCGUCUUCGAAGAAGGGAAUACUCUUCAUGCACUCUGUUCUGAUAGUCGGAUUUAUACUAUUUUCCGGAUGGGCUUGGCACGUUAUUUGCGCCCCUGACAUCUUCUCCUGGAAUUUCAGCUUCUUGGUUUUGAACAUAGGACAGCUGGUUUACAUUGUGUAUCGAAUGAGGCCGAUCAGGUUUGACCCUGAAUUGGAAGAAGCCUACCACACGUUAUUUUACCCCUUCAAGGUCUCCAGACUUCAAUUCAAACGAUUAGUCUCGCCGGAAUUUGCUACAAUAAUGUCAUUGCACGCCGGCGAGGCUUAUGCGAUGCAAAAUUUAACGAGGACAGACAGAUUGGGUCUUCUUCUGAACGGCAAGGUGAACGUGCUGAGCGACUCCAACUUCCUGCACCCGAUUUUACCCUGCGAAUUUCUCGACUCGCCGGAAUUCGAAAGCUCUCGAGCAUCGGUCGACGAGAAAUUUAAGGUAUCGAUAGUCGCGGCAAGCUCUUGCAGGUAUUUGUUUUGGCAGAGAACUGCAUUGGAGUAUCUUCUCGUGAAGGAGGCUUACCUUGCUACCGUUCUCACAACUCUCGUAGCCAGGGACAUCGCCACCAAGCUCUAUGCAAUGAACAACAAAAUCGUUACGGACAAGGGUUCGCAUCUGGACAUUCGACUCCCCAGCAUCAGUGCUGGUUUGGGUAUCGGCGGGGAGUACAGAAGCCCGAGGGGAUCGAGACAGGCCUUGAUUCGCCGCAAAGAAACGAAGCUGGCGUCCAACAACGGUAAACACUCUCCAGUCGAUGUCGGUGGUGCGAAGCCGAAGGAUCGUGCCGUGGGAAAUAAUUUGACGAAGAAAGGCGCUCCGAGCAUGGAGCCUCUUCCAGAGUUCCCUUCCUGCGACGAUCUCGCUUCCAGCGGAGUAGAAAGCUGGCUUGAUACAUCCAGCAAAUAUCACAGCUGCGAGGUGAUAGACGAAGAGUAAGUCGCGGAGGAAUCCUGGCUGUCUCACGCAGUGACCGCGGUGACUCUGCUUUUUUAUUUUUCAGCUUCCAGUUCAGCUAGACAACGGUUUGAAAUGGCUUCCCGUGGCAAUGAAGGUACUCUCCUUACAGGGUUAAGUUUACUCUGACAAUGAGAGAGCAUUUCAUCCUCGAUUCAAAUGAAAAUGUAGAAUGUUGAAAGACGUUGAGUCGGAGUGUUGAAACGUUUGAAUGAUGCGUGUUCGGCGAUAUUAGCAAGAGCGGAGGUAGAGGUUCGUUGAAUUUCGGAGUUUGUAGAUUUGGCGAUUGAAUAGUUGGCUGUUGAUUGUUUAACCAUAUCCUAGCAUAUUACGCUUUUGGAGUGACACGUACGGCGGUUAGAAGAACGAGCUAGAUUCCUGCAGCUGUUGCACGGAUACCACAAGUAAUAAAUGUUUUACACUUUGUGUGCUAGUGUUAUAUAAUUAUGGCACGUAUAAUGCGUUUUGUAGUGAAGAUACUUUUGCUACGGAUGACAGGUGACAGAUUUAGUGAGACUAGAGCCGUGCUUGAACAAUGGAUAAAUUAUAAAUAUAGCAAUAACGAAAUUUAUACGAUUUAAUUUUAAGAAUUGAUCGAUCGUUGUUAAGUUUCAUUAAGAUUGUACAAUAUAUUAUUUACAUAUAGCAGUAUAUCGAAUCACUCGCACACAUAUAUAAUAAUUACCUCAUUUAUGUAUACAGACGUUAAGAUAUCUAUAUUCUUCUUAUUA